AUGACGCGGGGAAGAGGAAGGCCAAGGAAGAAGGUUUCAUCUUCUCCGGUUUCCCCCUCGAACUCAGGGAAACAAACGGACACAGGCGCAGCUUCAUCUGGUAACAGGAACAUGAUAGUGGAAGAGGCUUCUGAAGAAGGGUCGGAGGCGGAAGUAAUAGUCGAGAAUGUGGUUAUUAAACCUACUGCAGAGAAAAAGCAAGAGGAUGCACGGGAAAAGAAGAAAUUAUGGGUGGACAUAAUCAGUGGAAAUCGUCUACCCACGAAUGGACUAACGAUUGAAUUCAUUCCCCCUACAAUCGUUGAGGGAGAAAUGGAAGUAGAGAUUGUGGAAGAGGACAUAGUAUCUGAAAUCAUGUUCUGGGAUUCAACUUUGAUCAUGUAUGCCUUGGGGAAAGAGCUGAGUAUGAAUGCAGUGAAAAACUUCAUGAGCAAAUUUUGGGAUUUUGUCCAACUCCCAAGUAUGUUCUAUCAUGAGGAAGGCUAUUUCCUUCUCAAGUUCCACUCCACACAAGAUAGGGAUCAGGUGCAGAUAAAGGGACCAUACUCAAUUCAUGGGGUUCCUAUGGUUCUGAAAGAAUGGCAUCCUGAAUUCGAUUUCAAAAAAGACAUGCUUCGUACACUUCCAAUCUGGGUGAAACUCCCAAACUUACCUCUUCACCUGUGGGGGCCUAAAAGUUUGGGGAAGAUAGGGAGUGUCUUAGGAACGCCUAUUUGCACAGACGAAUGCACGGCAAGCAAAUUAAGGGUAUCAUAUGCAAGGAUAUUAAUCGAGAUAGACAUCACGACAAAACAGAAAGAGAGCAUAACUAUUAAAGAUAGUGGGGGGAGGAAAAUGACCCAGCCAGUUGAAUACGAAUGGAAGCCCAAGUAUUGUGAACGGUGUAUGAGGGUGGGACAUAAUUGUGAUGAGACAAAGCCUAAGAAGCAAUGGCAGCCAAAGAAAGAGCUCCCUAAAGCUGUUGACACAGUGAAAGUGACGACAAGUAUUGAACAAGGGCCAACUACGGAAGCAAAGAAGCAUGAUGAGCCAGAGACAUCAAAUGUAUGGAUUGAAGUUAAAGGCAAUGGAAGAAAAGGAAAGAGCACACAAGGUAACCUUUUAGUUAAUGAUGGGGAUAUCUUUAUUACUAAUGAAUUUGAAUCACUCCGGUCUUGGAACGAAUCAGGAGUGAACUUAGACCCUCAAAUAUGA